GUUAAAAUGAGAUCAGUGUGUAUGUUUGGGUCCACAGACAGUGUGGUUUAGGUCAAAAGCUGGCUGGUAAUUUAUGUUCGGCCGUACAUCAUACGUCUGUUCACUCCCACUGACUCUUGGUAUCGAUAAAGAGAGUCUGCAGCAUUGCAAAAAGAGACUCGGGUUUUGUUGGUAAAGUACACUAAUUGUAGCAUAUUCUUGCUGGUCAAAUUUAUAUUUCUUCUUUUGGUUACAAGUUUAUACAAGGGCACUAAAACAGCUGUACAGGCAGCAGGAAGCAUAGAGAAUAACACUAACAUGGAAUAUCAAACCGAUUUGGAAGUGAUUCUGGAUUUUCUUGAAGAGCACUACAGGCAGGAAUCUGGAGGAAAAUCCUUUUGGCCUGACGCAAGGGAUCUUUGUGCCAUGUCGACCACUGAAGUUGUGGACACUUCUGAGGAUAAGAUACUAACAGAAGAGCAUUUCAGCCAUGCAUUAAAAGAGGAAAAGGCCGAGCUGCAGAUUUCUGCACCUGUGGCUCAGCAGGUCAAAGCACACAGCUCUAACUCUUACCCAGACACUGAAACAAACAACCAAGUAUUAGUGUUCCACAACGAUUUAAAUGGGCAGGUUUUUAACACGAAAGAGGCCCCGGAGAGACCUUUAACUCAAAAUAUGACACCUGAAAAGUCUACAAAACCAUUGGCCAGAAAUACAACUGCAGAGAAAGGGAGAAAGCUACGCCUUUUUCACUUCCUGUUUGAAGUGCUAGAGGAUCCAAAAAUGGCCCACUGUGUUUCCUGGGUACCAGCUUCGACCGGGGUCUUUCGCUUUUCUGCCAGGCACAAGGAGCGGGUGGCGGAGCUCUGGGGGCAGACGAAAGGCAACAGAAUGCCCAUGACCUACCAAAAAAUGUCCCGAGCCUUAAGAAAUUAUGCACGCUCGGGGGAGAUCUUUAAAGUGAAAAAGAAACUGACUUAUCAGUUUAGCUUUUCUACACUUAUUACAUUAAAGAGUCAACAUGGUAUAAAGUUCGCUCCGUAUGGAUCUAAUUGACUGUUAAUAAGGCUCUAUUUGUCUCCAGUGUUAGGUGGUAAUCAUUUUCUACUCUAAUAACACAGUGGCUUGGUAACCAGGAGAAGGUUAAAAUUAUUUCUAUAUUUAGAUAUUGUUUAUUCCUGCUACUAGUUUGUAUUUUGCAACUAAGGAGCUCUAGUGAUGCAUUUUCAUAAAACACUCUUGAUUAAAUAACAUUAUGUAUACUUUUGCAUGCUAUAUUUUGAUGCAUUUAGAAAGUAUGUGUUUAUAAAUAAAUGAGGCUUAAUGCUGAAAGAUAUGCAACAUUACAGUAUAUAAAGCAUUGCGCUAGCAGCGCAAAAGGUCAUGGGUUUAAACCCAGGAAACACACAUACUGAAAAAAUGUAAACCUUGUCAUGCACAGUAUGUCACUUUGGAAAAAACAUGUGCAUAAAUCUGCAAAAAGUGCAUAGAUGUACCGACAAAAACAACAUCAGGAGUGACAGGAAUGUUAAAGACUGAGAGCAUGCCACCUAUGAAGAUGUGAUUAAAAAGCAGGGGAAUUUCAUCAAUAUUCACUUUUGAACUAUUCCUAAAAUACAUGUAAAAACAUUAGCAUGUUUUUUGCAGUAAUCGAGAUUGAUUUUUUUUGCUAUUAAGUCCAGUUUGUUCUAUUUUCAAUGUUUAUUAGAAGUUUGGCAGAAAUGGUGUCGAUAGUUGACAAAAUGAAACAGAACUGAUUGUUUUCCAGUGGCAACAUGUAUGUAGCCCGUCAUGUGUGGUUCGUAAUUUGAAAAUAUGUGUUUUGCGCGUUGAGAGACCUAUGUGCAUCACAUGUCUUGUCAAAAUAAGUGCCUGCUGUAGACACGUCUAAAGGGUAUAUGAUAAAAGAGACGCUCGCAUUUGCCAGAUACUCGCAUAAUCUCACAAGAUCUCUCAAAACUUGUGAUGCACAUGGUUCACAUGACGCAACAAACACAUAUAUUAAAAACACAAGCAACACACAUGACACUCCGAACACUUAUUUUGAAUUUGCGCCGCCAUGAGCCGCCACUGUUGUUUUACUUAAACACAUAAACUAUAAAUAAUACAUGUAGAAAUACAAUUAAAAAUAAUGCUGAAAUGGUUUCUUAUUUUUUUCUGCAGCUGUAUAAAUCAUAUAUAUAUAUACG